AUGGAUGAGGGACAGUUGAUUGAGGCACUUCCGCGGCUCGAAAAGGCCAAGGAUGACGCCAAUGUGUUGUACCGCGAGCGCCGUUUCAAGGCCGCCGCGCAGGCCUACACACAGCUCGUGGCCGAGAUUCUGGCCGUGGAGCCGUCGGCCGCCAAUGUCGCCGCGCUGUCGGCCGCUGCGAAGGAGGCGUCAGUGAAGGACGAGAACGUUUCGCGUCUGCUGGCCACCCUGCUCUCCAAUGCAGCUCUGUGCUACUACCAGGAGCAGUCCAUCGACAAGGCGUCGGAGCUCUGGGAGGCGUGCCUGUCCGUGGACGCCUACAACUACAAGGCGGCGUACAACCUCGCGCAGUGCCACGUGGCCCGCAAGGAGCUGAAGAAGGCGCUGGAGCUGGUUGCGCGCUGCCAGAACAUCGCGCUGACGAAGGGCAUGAACAACACCAAGUCGCUGCCGCACGCCGAGCUGAUGCAGCGCAUAGGCUCCACCGUGGAGCGCGAUUACGACGAGCGCCAGGGCUACAGCGGGAACGAUGCGAUUUUCGCUGCGCUGGAGUCCGGGCAGUCCGUGCGUGACAACCUGGAGAAGUUGAGCAUGCAGAGCCGCACCGAGACCGCGCGCAACCGCGUGAUCCCCCGCCUCAUAAAGGUCAUCAAAGGCGCGACGGACGUGGUGAAGCACGCGUCGACCCACGCCGACACUUGGGGCACGAUCCACGUGCUGCUGCAGGACGUGGGUUCUGCGACCGAGGCGGAGCUGCUGUCGCAGCUGUCGUCGGGUUUGUCCGAGCACUCGCUGGACCUUGUGAGCUACGGAAAGGAGGUGAUGAAAUGCAUCGAGAACAACCGGUCAGCUGCGAAAUCGCUGUACGCUGUGGCGUUCCAGUUCGGCCGCGUGUGCUACCACCUGGGCAGCACCGCGUCGCUGGAGGCGCUGUGCAGCAUCGUGGAGCGCGUCGAGCCCGAGCUGGAGCAGCGCAUCUACUCGUGCGUGUACCAGUACUUCUCGCGUCCGCGCCACGACGAGAAGCGCGCUGUGGACGGGCACUUCAGCACCGUGCUGAGCCGGCUGCUGGAGACGAUGCUGGGCCAGUGCGAGCUGGGCUGCCCCAACGAGAGGCGCGACACCAUCGAGCGCGUGCUGGUGUCCAUCUUCGUGAUGGCCCCCACCCGCUUCGCGAUUUCCGAGGAGACCCUGAACGGCGUGAUAACGCGUCUGCUGAGCGCCUACGUCGCGUUCGCGCCGGACCCAGCGCUGUCCAACUGCCUGCUGCAGUCGCAGUGGUACAUGGCGAUGCGUUGCCUGCACGUGUCCAACAAGUCGCUGUUCAAGGAGUACAUGCUGACCGGCGGUCUGGUGCCCCCGCUGAUCGGUAACUUCAUGAUCGUGGGGUGGGAGGAGGCGAGCAUGUCGCAGCUGCGUCUGUUUUCGAGCGAGGUGAUUGUGUUCUGCAUGGACUACAUGGAGCUGCGUCAGCAGGUUGUGGAGACCAAGGUGAACGAGCAGACUCUGGUUGAGUUUUUGCGGCACGACGUGGGCUUCGCGAAGUUCUUGGGCAAGCUCGUCGAGCGUGACGGCGAGAUCGAGGAGUACUGCCGCAAGGGGAAAUUCGAGUUCAAGAGCCCGCUGAUUUCCGACAUGGAGCGGUCACUGCACGAGUUCAAGCUGCUGAUCCUUUCCAAGCUGGCGGUGCACUCCACCGAGGUGAUGCGUCAGAUCUGCGACGCCUUCGAAGUCAUGGGCAUGGUUCCGCUGGCGAUCGUGGCCAACCUGAUCGACGGUUACCGCGUGGACCUACUGAUCGACUCGCUGUCGUUCUUGACCCUGCACGGCGAGGCGAAGGAGGACGUGGUGGUGGACAUGCUGCUGCCGGUGCUGCGGUGGUCGGAGUCGAGCGCGGACUGCAAGGACCGCACGUUUUACAUGGUGUGCCAGACCCUGGCUAACCUCACUCGUUCUCGCAGCCACCGCGACAACUUCAACAGGGACCCGAGCACCGGCGCCAUGUACGACGAGGCGCAAAUCUCUGCUCUGCGCGAGGCGUACGAGAAGCUGCCCGCCGCCAGCCGCCCCAAGUCCAACGGCGAGUACGACGAGGGCAGCGAAGAGCUGGCCGAGCGCAGCCGCAAGGCGAUUCUGUCGCUGCACGACGACGUGCCGGGGCUGCUGAUAAACCUCGCACGGAAGGCGUCUCCCGACAAUGCCGAGACCGACUCUUCCGAGUCCGGCAAGAGCGGCUCGGCGUCGCGUUACGACUCCGCCGCGUACCUGGUGAUUCUGGAGACGCUGCACAACGUGACGGCGCCGCGUGCCACUCGUGGUAAGAUGCAUACCGCCGGUGCGCUGCGGUUCUUUUUGAACGCCGCCAGCAACUCCGCGCACCAGAAGAGCAAGCGUUCGCGCUACUUCACGCAGUCUGUCGCCCAAAUCUGCAUGUCUUCCGACCCGAGGAACCUGUCGUACCGUGACGCACUUGACGCGUGUGGCCUGCUGGUGAAGCUGCUCCGCGACGACAGCGAGCUGCUGCAGUACGAGGCCGCGCUGGGCCUGACGAACCUGCUCGCCGUGGACGACAGCGUCCGUCAGCGCGUGUGGAAGGUCGGCGGGUGGGACGCCCUGGGCGCGCUGCUGUCGUCGGACAACGCGCUGCUGAAGGCCGCCGGCCUCGAGGGCUGGUGCAACUUCGCCAACGAUUCCGGUUGCGUGACCUCCCACAUCUACAGCAAGCUGUCCGACCUGCUGGACGAUGAGGAGCGUCGCAUCCGUAAGGAGAGCGAGGCCGAGAAUCCCGCCGAUAGCGCCGGCGAUGGUGGCAGCGACGACGAGGAGGGCGAUCAAACUACCGACGCUAACGUCAAGACCACCGCCUCUGACGUCCAAACCACCGACGCUAACGUCAAGACCACCGCCUCUGACGUCCAAACCACCGACUCUGACAACCAGGCUACUGAUAACGACGCCCAAACCACCGAUACCGACAAGGCUGAGGAAGCCGCCGCCUCAAGCGACUGUCUCAAGAAGGUGCCCAUUCUACAAAUGCACGACAUUAACGUGAUGUUGAUGUUCGCGGCCGACACUUCGGACCUGCGCUGUGCCAAGGCGAGCACUGGGGCGCUUGCUCACCUGAGCAACGACGUGCGCGUGGCGGGCUACCUGCCGCUCUGCAGCAAGUUCGACCGCCUGAUCGUGGCCGCCGACAGCCUGGAGGACCGCGACGCGCUGCAGCGCGUGUUCACGAUCUUCAACCACGUGCAGCAGGGCCACGAGGUGGGUGAGUCCGCUGCGCGCGAGUACGUCGCGAAGGUGAAGCGCGACAUCCGUGCGUGCACGGAGCGCAACAUGCCUAAGAUGAAAGCCUGCGGCCUCCUCGAUCUCGCUGAGGAGGUGCUGCGUCACUCAGACAUUACAGACAAUUCGAUCGCGUAG